GUUUAUAUUAAAACAUAACAAUUGUAAAAAUUUAAAUAGAUGGAUUGUUCGAUUCUGGAUGGGAUCAUAUGUCAUAUGUGUUGAGAGAUUGAUUCAUAGAUCCAAGUGACAUACAAACUUUGUACCAAUAUGUAAAUAUAUCAGAACCUUGGUUUUCGGUCCAAAUUGACCGGACCCGAUUCCCGCCCCACUACUUCCGAAACGUUUCAUUUCCCUGCUUUGAAGAAGAUGGAUCGAUUGACCUUUCCAGUCUUCCUUAAUUUCCUCUGCUACAAAUUACAUUGCUACGUUCUCUCCUAACGACCAAGUCCUUUAAACAGCUUCUAGCUAGCGCCAUUUCCGCCUGGUGCUCCGUCCCUCCCUGACUUUCCUUUUCAUUGUCAGCGCCAGGAAGAAGACUGACAAGGGAAGCAGGCACGACCAGUUAAGGAUGGCGCAGGAGGGCCGACACUCAAUCAUGCAGGCGGAGUAUCGAGAGUCGCAGGGCCGGCUCCAGAGCGAAGUCAAUUAUCUCGGCCGAGAGCUAGACCAGGCGUGGGCCGCUCUGCGGCAAGAGAGGAUCGGCCGGGAGCAAGACCAGGCUGCCUUAGAGCGCGCGAGAGCAGAGGUCGAGAGGGUGAGAUUGCAGGCUGAGAGGUCCGAGCUUCGUCGGCGGCUGAUGAAGGAGACCAAUGACCGACUGGGCAAGGCCUUGGAUGAGUUCUAUCGCCUUGCCAAGGACUCGAUAAGUAGAGAUUUCGAAGAUGAUGAAGAGCAACAGUCACACUGAGGUGGGACAUCUGACAAGAAAAUUACUUUGAAAGUUUUGGAAUUUAUCAAUCAAAUUACUUGUUAGUUUACAGGAUGGCAGAUUUAAUACCAAGAAAAUAGUAAGAGGAUAAGGUUUGAAAAAAAAAAUUCAUAAAGAGGACAAUUUAUACUAUUAAUCCUUAAAAUUACUAUGCCCAUUACCAUCAUGCUUAGACUAGUUCCAAUCCAUGGUGUCAAAAUGCUAUAAAGCCAUAUUUGGCUU